AUGUCUUCCGACGACGCAUACAUGGCCUUCCUGAACAAGGCAAACGCAGACCUCAAUGCCGGCCGCUCCUUACAGCCCGAACCGACCGAGUCCGCUGUCCGCACUGAGACUGUGGAUGUGGGCGUGCGCGUUCCCGCCCCGCUGUCGUCGGUCGAUGCGUAUUACAUUUCUGAGACGGAUGAGCCGUUUGAACCGGUCGUGUUAAACUGGGAGGGCGCGAAACGGGGGAUUUGGCCUGGUUCGACCCAACUCUCCAACCUCAUCUCCCCAGACGCAGACCUCUCCCCUUCCAUCGACACCAUGUCGCCUGCCUCCUUUGAUCCCCAGAACCAGUACGCAUCUGUUCUCCGUGCGGUUCGGGCCGCGGUCACGCAGUCGGCGGCUGGCGGGAUUGACGAGUCGGAUGUGGAUGUCAAGGUGUAUCGGGUGCAGGUUGGGACGUCAAGAGCGGAAUAUUAUGUUUUGGGAUUGGAUGUUGAGGGAGGGAAGAUUGUGGGGUUGAAGGCUAAGGCUGUUGAGACUUGA